UCCUAUUGUACAAAGGUUCCAACUUUUGGUUUGGUGCCUUGUGGUCACCCUAGAAAGCCAGUGGCCAGAGACCAAGCGGUGUGAGUGAGUGGUUUCUCCUUGUUUGUUCUCUGCUCUUAUUCUCUCUCUGUCUCUCCACACUUUCAUCGUCGACUCUGAUGGCGAGCCUGUGGCGCGCGGCGACCGGCAUGUCUGACAAUACCACCGACUACGACGGCGUCGAGUUCUGGUCCAACCCUGAGCGAACCGGCUGGCUUACCAAGCAGGGCGAGUACAUCAAGACUUGGCGUCGCCGUUGGUUCGUCCUUAAACAGGGCAAACUCUUCUGGUUCAAGGAUUCCGCUGUCACGCGCGCCUCUCGGCCACGCGGCGUCGUCCCCGUCGCCACGUGUCUCACCGUCAAAGGCGCCGAAGACAUCCUUAACAAGCCCAACGCCUUCGAGCUUUCCACGCGCUCCGACACUAUGUACUUCAUCGCUGAUUCCGAGAAGGAGAAGGAAGACUGGAUCAACUCCAUCGGUCGCUCAAUCGUCCAGCACUCCAGAUCCGUCACCGAUUCCGAGAUCGUCGAUUAUGAUAGCAACUCCGCGAAGCGCUGACCACGCCCUCUUCAAUUCACUUGCCUCUUUCGAAAAAAUUCAUCUCUGAAUCUCUGAAAAAAGUAGAGAAGCUGACAAACAAACAAACAGGAGAAGAUAUACUCAUAUGAAUGGCAUAUAGCAUACCCGCCAUUAGCAAUUUCAUCAGUGCUAUUUUAAAUGUGUAUGCCACAAUCGUUGUGGCUGGAGAACUGUUAAAAAGUAAGGUUGUUUUCUUCUAAGUUGUACGUCUAUGAUUUAUUCUAUCCUCAAUAUUGUACGCA